UCAGUUCGCUAGAGGCGCACGUGGCGGACGGUGUCGCGCAGAGCAGCCCGCUGGCCUGGCCGUGCCGUGCAGCACAACGCCGUGCUUGGUUCCGCGAGUCCGCGAGUCCGCGGCGUCUGACAGGUCGAACCGGCGGGCUGGUGUCGACCGUCAGGACCGUCAGCUGCAGUGCGUGCUGGCGCCUGCUGCAAGUGCACUUCCACCAGUGGCCAGUGUCAGUGUCCGGGAAGUGUCGCCGUCGCCGCCAAGCCGGCUGUCAAGUGGGCGUCAAGCCGGCUGUCAAAGCUGCCUGCCACCGACUGGCUCGCCCUCAGGCUCGCCCAGCGCGAGGGCUGCGCCACGCCAGCUUCCCGCGUUCGUCGCCCGACCCCGUGCGCCCCGUGCACCCGGCCAGCCACGGCGCGCCUGGUCCGGUCGGCCGAGAAGGAGGACGACGCCGUCGUCGGGAUGGUGACCGCCCCGGCCGAGGCCCUGGCGCCGCCACACGUCGUCCGCGGCCACGCCCUGAGGGGCGGCGCCCCAGCUCGCGGGGCACGCGCAGUCGUGCUGCGGAGAGUGGACGGAGUCGACCCCCCCGAGUCCAUGGCCCUGGUGCAGCGUCAGAGGCGGAUACUGCAGCUCCAUAAGGAGCGCUGGCCGUGGUCGCGCAUCCCCCGAGAAGACGCGCGCGUGCCCGCACCCCACGAGGCCCCCAAGACGGACUCGUCACCGACGCUCCGCCAGCUGACGGAGCAAACGGCGGCCCUGUGGCGCAACAACCAGCAGCUGCAGCGGCGCCUGGCCGCCCUGCAGGCCGAGACCUACGCCGCGCUGGCCAAGAAGAGGCCGACGGCCUGCUCCAUGGGCGUGCUGUCGCCGCCGUCGUCGCCGGAGUCGUCGUCCUCGUCGCCGAGGCCGUGCUCGCCACCCCCUUCCUCUCUGCCGUCGUCGCCGGCCUCCUCCUGCUGGUCGUCACCGCCGUGCAGCCCGGCCGGCAGCGACCUGGACGCAACCUGGCGGUUCGGCCUGCCCUACUCGCCGGGCAGCCCCGGCGGCCCCGCCAGCCCGGCCAGCCCGGACUUCAGGGCGUAGCCGCGUAGCUGGGCGGCGCGGCUGCUGCGGGCCUCCCCGGCCCGCCUGCUGGAUCGGACUGGAGUACGCAUUUUCGUCUUCUUCGUGAUGGAUGUCGGAGCGAGUGUUGAAAAGAUCUCGAGUAGUUCUUCUAGGAAAAAAUAUGUAAAAGUAGGCAGGCUAUACGCCAAAUCAGAUAGGCCUCUGUAGACUCUUCCCUGUACAAGGCACCUUUCUGGUUUGUGUAUUCGUCUAGGCGUGCUAUCCAGACGCCUGAUUAGGUUUCCAAUUUUUGUAUUAGUUAAUUAGGUGAAAACUGCUGAAAUGUUUAUUCUUUAGGGCAUUAUAGCAAUACGGAUAUGACUGCGGAUUUUCAUUGCCUUUCGCUUGCAGUUCUCAAGAUACGAAAAAAUGAAAACAAAACCACAAAAAAUAUGACAUUUUAGCUGACUGUAUGUCAAAAUAAUUUUUGUGAUCGAGAUCCCAAUGUUACUUGUAUUGUUAUUCUUAUUGAAAUUGACAAACUGUGGCCUUCUUGUUUGAAACGGGCAAACAGCCCAGCCUCUUCACCUCGCUCUUUAAUUUUCUCAGUACUGAAAGGCCUACGUUAUCUCGAUGAUUUGUUGUAUUUUUGAAAAGUGGCCUAGUGGGUUUGUAUGGACAUGACAGAAAUUCUAAGCCAGGGCUCUGUGAAUGGUGGGACCCGCCGAACUACUAUUAUAAUUUAUUUGAACCCUUCGCCAAUUGAAGUUCAAAGUGCACUGCACCAGGAGCAUUAUAGUUUAAGCAAUAUACCAUUGUUUUGUUUUUGAUUUUGGGUUAAGAAAAUUGGACACUCAGUCCCAACAAAGCAAUCAAAAGCGGAGAGUGAUUGACUCGGUGCCUCGUGCCCUGAGGAUUAAAGAAAUAUCUCAUAUCCGCCAUUGUGAUAUUACUGAAUUUCUUAUGAUGAUUCUGAAGAUAGUGUAAGAUUGCAUGAAUGAGGCACACUGAACGUGACAUUUCCUCUCAUUUACGCAUUUAAGAAUGUGACUUCACGAUAUGGAAACGUGUCACGCUCGUUCGUUUUCAAAGUUACUUUAGAAUGCCGACUUACCAUAAUGACGAACUAAUUUAGACUUAUAAGCAAUCAAUACCAGAAAUGUACCGGUGCUUUUUCCAAACUGCGAUGUGCAUUUACUCAUCAUUUCAAAAGUAAUAAUAUAGAGUACGACGAGGAUUUAAUUAUCAAUGUCCGCCGAUUUUCAAAUAUAAACAAAAUGCCACGGCUGAAAAAAACGAACUUUUCGACACUCGUGCAGUGCUUUUUUUCCACCCGGGUAAAGUUUGCACGCUAAGUAUUUCAGAAAUUAAAGCUCACACGUACAAAUUUGUUAAAAUAAUGCUCUCUGCAAGCUUUUAAGCAUGAUACCGAUGCAGUAUUCUUAGAACUUACGUUUUUAGCAGUGUAAUCGUCACUUUGAAGUACGGUGCGUGUUUUUAACUCAAUCCCUUUACGCGGCUUCGAAUUUUUUCAGUGUUCAGUUUGGUUUGCAGUAUUGUUUUGAUUUGGCGUGCCGGGGUUUCAUUUCUCAAUUCGAUCGUCCUAGUGUGGCGCGUGCAUUAAGCAAUGUAUUUCGGUCGUGUCUCUGUUUGGCAUACGAGACGCGAUCUCAAUAGCAAUAAACAAUAAUCUUCUAAAAACAAUCUAUCAUGGAAAAAUCCUUGAAGUAGUAGAAUUUUCGCCGGCAUCUUGGGUAAAAGUAGUUCUUGCCAAGAAUAUGAAAACGGGUAAAUGAGUCAAUUUGCUAUGUCAUGCUUGAUUUUCAUGUUAUUGUGGGUGGAAAUCAGAGUCAGGAGGUGUGUUGUUCUUAUUAAGUUGUAAUUCAGGGCAUGUACGAGUAUGAGUAAUUUCGAGUAAUUUCUAAUGUAUGUUAACGAUAUUUAUUAUGCACAUAGUUGUAAAAUUAUAUACAUAUAUAUUAGCUGUUGUUUCGGAUUUUUAAAACUCCGUUUUUUGUUCUUUUUUAAAACGAAAAUACAAAAAGUACCUAGAAACAUAUCAGUUAUGAUGACACUAAGCCACAUGUUGGUCGGCGCAGUCUUACGGCAUGACACCAACAAAGGAUGAACGCGCGCAUUUGCGGGUGUCACUAGUGCACUUAGAUGUUCGUCCUCAGAGUUUGCUGACGUAUCUUCCAUUCCAACCUCAUUUUUCGUCGAGAAUACAGGUGGAAAUUUAGAGUCUGAAUAUUCACGAUACUGUUUCCUAAAGGGCGCCGGCAAUGGUUGUGUAUCCGGUAUUGCCUGUUGCGCAGACGCUUUAGGAACACCCAUUUACGCUGAAAUUUUAGAAAAAUAGUAUCGAACUUAUUAAACUGGGAUAAAGAUAUUUUCAGAUAUUUUUGGAAAUGUCAUUUAAUUUGUUUCUUUCUACGGUUUCUGAUAAUAGGCGUACGCAUAGCAAUAAUCGUAGUUCAUACUGUUGUUGUCAUGUUUCUAAAUGAUAACUUUUAUCAUUCGUUUUCCAUUGACAUAUUUUAAAGACCUUGUUCUAAAUUAAUUGAAGUAGCAAAUUCUAUUAGGUGAUAUCAAUUGUACUCGCAUUUAUUGUGUGAAGUAGCUUUAAAAGUGAUUGAACCGGUCUCGUGGAUACCGGACGAGAUUGGAUACAAGUGGAUGUACUGUCACAAAUCAAAAUCGGCUUUCGAUAAACAUAUUAUUCAAGUCUCUCCUUUUUAAAAACUAACUUUCCUUUUGUCAAAUUUGCCUCCCAGCUGUGAAGUGAAAUACAUAACUUAUUUGUUGACGCGAAA